UGGCUGCCGAAGUCUUAGGUUUAAGAGAUCAGAAGGAGAACGUGCUCCUCAACGUUACGUAUUUAAAGAAAUUUACUUGCCAAUGGGGGAGGAGCUCAUGACUCAUGACUGCAGAUAUGAGUGCCUCAUCGAGAGCAAUUGUUUGUCUGUGAACAUCGGCCCACCAAACAAGACAGGCUUCAGGCUCUGCCAACUGAGUAAUUUUGACCACGCCCAACAUCGUGAAGAUAAAGAAAUAAAAAAAGGUUUUAUUCUCUGGGCCUCUGAGAAUCCAUGCUCCAGUAAUCCUUGCCUCCAUAAUUCCACCUGUCUCAAUGGAUAUACCGACAAGAGAUACAUUUGUCUGUGUCCAGAUGGUUACACGGGAGAAAACUGUGAAAAAGAUAGAAACGAGUGUAUUGACAACUCUCAUGACUGUCAUGCCAAAGCUGUUUGUAAUAAUACCGAGGGAUCAUUUACGUGUAGCUGUACAGAAGGUUAUCAGGGGAACGGUCGGAAUUGCACAGAUGUGGACGAGUGUACCAGCCACAUCCAUGGCUGUCACUAUAAUGCAAGUUGCAAUAACACAGACGGCUCUUACACAUGCAAAUGCAAAACGGGAUUCAAUUGCACAUUCAAAGCCGUGUUCUCAAAUCUCAAUGCCACUGGAAGAUGUGGUCCAACAUCGCUCGGAAGUUACUACGCAGGUAAGGAUCAUGACAGACAAGUUGCUUUGUCCAGCGGUAUUCAACAGUGGACUGUGCCGCACACUGGCGAUUACAGAAUAGAAGCAAUAGGGGCAGCUGGAGGGUACGAUCAACGGAUUAACAGCUCUCAGUAUCGCGGAAGAGGAGCAAGAAUGAUUGGAACAUUCCGCUUAAACAAGGGUGAAGUCAUCCAGGUACUUGUAGGUCAAGAAGGAGGAAUAAACAAGAGGUCUUAUUCUUCUGGAGGUGGUGGAGGUACAUUUGUAGUGAGAGGAGCCAACACACCUUUGAUAAUAGCUGGAGGCGGAGGAGGGGUAGUACGUGUAUAUUCAAGACAUACAGAAUGUGACGCCAGCACAAGCACGACAGGGAAUCCUGGGUACAGAUCAUGGCCAGGGGGGAGCAAUGGACAUGGUGCACAGACUGCUGAUAAUGGACCAUCAGGUGGUGGUGGUGGCGGGUUUUACUCCAGUGGAAGAAGUGGAAAGAAUUUCAAUGGGACCAAGGGAUAUGGUGGCGAGGGUGGUAAGGGAUUUCUGCAGGGAGGGGUGGGUGGGAGAUCAGAGUAUUUCGACGUCUAUGGUGGGUUUGGCGGAGGAGGUGGAGCUGGGGGACGGUGGGAAAAUAAAAGGAGGAGAGGAGGAGGAGGAGGAGGAGGAGGAGGAGGAGGAUACUCUGGGGGAGGCAGUGGAAGUGAUUAUGCAGAUUCCUGUGGGGGUGGUGGUGGAUCCUACAAUGUUGGAAACAAUCAGCAGAAUGAAUGUUGUUACAACAAGGCUGGCCAUGGUCAGGUGACCAUCACACUACUGUAGAAAAAACAACCGAACCGCUUGCCAUCCAAUGCAUAGGUGAUUUUAAUCCUUUAAAUCUCAAGAUCUCAUUAGUAAUUCUCAUUACUGUCUGCCAAAUGAUUCUCAUUAUGUUAGCUUGGAGAAUUUGGUAUCAGAUCAAUUAGUAAUCCCACAAUUUAUAUUUGUCUUUAUUCUCAUCACUUGUCUGCAUGAUAUUGUAUGGAUAUAGUAAGGAGAAAUUCUGUCUUGGUCACUCAUGGGAGUUAAAGGGUUAAUAGAGAUUAGAUAUGACAACAAGUUAGAUAAUGUUAUGGAGCUUGAAUAUUCAUAAUGAUUAGACUAAGAAUCUUGAGGGGAAAAACAGCUCAUGUUAUUCUACAUUACAAUUAGCGACAAAGUUGUUGACACAUUA